AUUCUGCAGGUUGAAGAUCCAGAUUGCUUCUGGGUUAUUAUAAAAGGAUGUAGUCCCUUUUUGGAUCAUGAAGUCGACUAUCAAAAACUAAAUAGAGCCAUGAAUGACUUCUAUAACAGCAUGUGUAAAGAUAUAGAAAUAAAACCAUUAAUGUUGGAAGAAGGACAGGUCUGCGUGGUUUAUUGUCCGGAGCUAAAGUGCUGGUGCAGGGCCGUCAUUAAGUCAAUCAUGUCUUCAGCAGACCAUUACCUGGCAGAGUGUUUCCUUGUAGACUUCGCCAGGUACAUCCCAGUAAAAUCUAAAAACAUCCGAGUUGCAGUGGAAUCAUUUAUGCAGCUUCCCUACAGAGCAAAAAAAUUCCGGUUGUACUGCAUGAAGCCUGUUACGUUACACAUUGACUUCUGUGAAGACAGCGCCGAGAUUGUACCUGCCAAUAAGUGGGACAGUGCCGCUAUUCAGUACUUUCAGAACGUCCUGAAAGCAACUACCCAGGUAGAAGCCAAAUUAUGUGCUGUGGAAGAAGACACUUUUGAGGUUUACCUUUAUGUAACCAUAAAGAAUGAAAAAGUUUGUGUUAAUGACGACCUAGUUGCAAAGAAUUUCGCUUGUUAUGUGUCACCCAUGGAGAAGCAGCAGCUGGAUUCUGUAGAAAAACCAAGAUUAAAUAUGAACUCAGCCUCCUCCAAGAAACUCAACCCAGCUCUUACUCUUUGGCCAAUGUUUUUGCAAGGAAAAUAUUUCCAAAGAAUGGAAGAUUCUCAUGGUUUAAAUUUGCUGACACAUUCUCCGCAGCAUACGAGGUGCAAGGAUGUUGUUGGUGACCUAGAGCCAACUGCUGCGGUGCUGGAUAAAGCUGUGAAUUGUAAUAUGGAUUCAUUGAGAGAUUCACCUAAAAAGAAAUCUGAAAAGAAACAGCAAUGCCUCUUUUUCAAAGAUGAAAAUAAGGGUAUUGAAUCUUCAGCAUACUGGCCAACAAAAAGAGGAAUAACCAUAUAUGCCGACCCAGAUAUCCCAGCAACAAGUGCUUCAAGUCAGAAACCAAAUGCGAAACCACUUUGCCUGGCUGAGAAGAAGGAUUAUGCUGAGAAGAAUGGCUGUGUGAAACUACUGCAGUUUUUAAAUCCGGACCCUUUGAGAGCUGAUGGAAUCUCUGAUCUACAGCAGUUGCAGAAGUUGAAGUCGGCUGUGCAACCACCUGUUGCAGUGCUCUGGAACAGGAUCGAGCCCUGCUUGACCAUUGACACGUCCCCUCUCUCAGCAGACCUGAAAAAGACUCUUCAAAGAAACAAGUACCCUGGACCCAGCCACACGGAAUCCUACUCGUGGCCUCCCAUAGCGCGUGGUUGUGAUGUGGUGGUCAUUUCUCACUGUGGAAAUGACCCUUUGCUGUACCUCCCACCAGUUCUCACAGUUUUGCAAACGGGGGGCUGCUACAAGUCGCUGCCAAGUAGAAACGGACCUCUUGCAGUCAUCGUGUGCCCUGGGUGGAAAAAGGCCCAAUUUACUUUUGAAUUAUUGGAAGACUAUAGCAAGUCCUCGCGGCCUCUUCAUCCCAUGUUGUUAACAAUCGGACUCCACAAAGAUGAAGCCAAAAAUUUGAAGCUCCCCAGGGGAUGCGAUGUGAUUGUCACAACCCCACAGAGCCUCCUGCGGCUGCUCACCUACCAGAGUUUACUGUUUCUCAGGCUCUGCCACCUGGUCCUGGAUGAGGUGGAAGUGCUCUUCUCGGAAGCCAAUGAGCAGAUGCUUGCUAUAUUAGAUAACUUUAAAAAAAGUAUUGACGUUGAAGAAAGAGAGUCUGCCCCCCAUCAGAUCGUUGCAGUUGGAGUUCAUUGGAACAGACAUAUAGCGCAUUUAAUCAGAGAGUUCCUGAACGAGCCCUGUGUCGUGAUCACAGCCAUGGAAGAGGCUGCCCUCUGUGGCAACGUCCAGCAGGUUGUGCACCUUUGCCUGGAGAGUGGAAAAACUUCUACUUUACUCCAAAUUCUUGAUUUCAUUCCAAGCCAGACACAGAAGACCUUGAUCUUCACCUGCUCCGUGGCUGAAGCAGACAUGGUGUCUAAGGUAGUGGAAAGCAAUUCAAUAUUUUGCUUGAAAAUGCACAAAGAAAUGGUUUUUAACUUAAAAAGUGUUUUGGAACAGUGGAAAAAGAGGUUGAGUUCUGGCUCUCACAUUGUCCUAGCCUUGACGGACGAUUGCAUACCACUCUUGGCCAUCACUGAUGCCACAUGUGUGAUUCACUUCAGCUUCCCCUCCUCGCCAAAAGUUUUUGGUGGACGCCUGUAUUGCAUGUCUGAUCAUUUUCAGAAUUUAACCGAACAGGGUUCUCCUGCAGAACAGGGAGACAGGAAGACCAAGUCUAUCUUGCUGCUGACGGAGAGAAACGCGAGCCAUGCCAUGGGCGUCCUGCGCUACUUGGAGCGAGCAGAUGCCAAAGUCCCGUCGGAGCUGUACGAGUUCACUGCAGGGGUUCUGGAAGCCAAAGAAGAUAAGAAGGCCACAAGUCCUCUUUGUCCGUACCUUAAGGCUUUUGGAUUUUGCAAAGACCAAAGGAUCUGUCCUGACCGACAUCACAUUAACCCAGAAAUGGACAUGCCCAGGAAAUUAUCCAACCAAGCCCUGCCCAUGUCUGGAUACAUUAAAGUAAUACCAUUUUAUGUUUCAAAUGCAACAAAUUACUUUGGCCGUGUAAUUGACAAACAUUUGGAUCUUUUUGCGACUCUUAAUGCCGAAAUGAAUGAAUAUUUUAAGGAUUCCAGUAAUAAAACAGCUGUUGAAAAGGUGGAGAAAUGUGGAUUGUAUGGAUUAGCAGAAAAAACACUUUUUCACAGGGUUCAGGUGUUGGAGAUGAGCCAGAAAGAAGACACUUGUGUCCUGAACAGCGUCCUGGUGAGGUUCAUAGACGAAGGCAGAACUGGACUCGUCCCCAGAGACCAGCUGUGGCGUCUCCCGGGACAGUUCUGCACGCUGCCGCCGCAGGCUGUGGAGUUCGUGGUUUGCAGAGUGAAGCCGGCAGAUAACGAAGUGGAGUGGAAUCCGAAGGUUACUAGGCACAUUCAUAAUAAAAUUGUUGGAAAACUGCAUGAUGCAAAAGUGAUGCUGGCCCUGGGAAAUACAGUUUGGGUUGACCCGAUGGUGCAUGUUACAAAACUUUCAAAUUUGAAAACAUCUGUCAUUGAUUAUAAUGUUCGAGCUGAAAUUUUGUCAAUGGGAAUGGGCGUUGAUAAUUCAGAACAUGUGGAACAACUGAAAAAAUUAUACAAAGAAGCUAAAAUGCCAGCUUUUGAAGAAAAUCUAACCCAAACCCCGACCGCGCCUUUGCCAGAGGAUACUGCCAGUCUGCACUCCCAGCAGGGGGCCGGUGGCGCAGAAGGCGGCGCCGACGCGGAGACAAGCGCAGAAGACCCAAAGCCAGAAACGUUGUCUGCAAACACUGGAGACGCCCCCAUCAGCAAGCCCCCACAGCCACAUGUGAAAAGCUUCCAUCCACAAAUAAAAUGGUUCCAGAAAGACGAUGUUGUCAUCUUGAAGAUACAAGUAAGGAAUGUCAAGGAUUACAGAUGUAAAUACUUCAGAGACAGGGUCAUUUUCAGCGCCUGGGUGGGAGACAAAUUCUACAGGGCUGAUUUGGAGCUGCAGGGCAGCAUCAGAAAAGACGGCUGCAGGUGCGUCAUCAGCAACGACGAGCCGGUGAUUACUCUGGCCAAAGAGAGAAGGGAGCCGUGGCGCGGCCUGCUCCGACGCAGGAAUCCGAAUGUGGCUUUUGAUUUUGACCACUGGGAAGAGAGUGAAGAGGACAGCCACUUCUCCAAGGCUGUGACUUCUAAGAGGCUGCCCUGCAAAGUGGCAGAGGUGGUCGGACCCAGCAGCAGCGCUUCGGAGGGUGACGGGAGUGAGAGUGAGUGAGACUGAAAUCCCGCCGGCAGCCCGAGACUGGGAACAACCGUGGCUGUUGCCGUGUGUGGGAAGUUAAGAAAAGAAGCGAUGCUAUCCAAACCGUCUUUCACCUCAAGGAGGAACUAUUGCCAAGGGUCACCUUAUGCUUCAGGAUUGGUAAUGGUGACAGAUUCCCUGGUCAAUUAAAAACAGGCUGAUAAGACCAGCAUUGUGGCGCAGCAGGUUGGGCCUCCGCCUGCAACACUGACGUCCCAUGUGAAUGCUGGUUCCAAUCCUGGCUGUUCUACUUCUAAUCCAGCUCCCUGCUAAUGCUCCUGGGAAGGCAGCAAAGUACCGUGGGUACUUGGGCCCCUGCCACCCACGUGGGAUGGAGUCCUGGGCUCUUGGUUUCCAUCUGGCCCAUCCCUGGCUGUUGUGGCCAUUUGUGGAAUGAACCAGCAGAUGGAAGAUAUUCUCUCUCUUCUCUUCUCUUCCUCUCUCUCUUCCCCUCUCUUUCUGUCCCAGGGCUGUCACUCUGCCUUUCAAAUAAAUUUUA